CAUUAUCUUCCAUUAGAAUGCAAUUUCUUUGAAUGGCUGUACAACAUUAUACUUGUACAGAGAAUCGCUGCUAGCUUUUCUCAUCAGCACCCUGUUCUAUCUUUCAUAUGCAAGAUAAUUGACAAUCCAUUGCCUGCCAUCCAGCCCAGCAAUGACUGUUCUGCUGCUGGCUUUCUUUGUCAUCAUUGUGUGCACAGCAUCCGCCCCUGCCUCCCUGUCUCCUGAGGACCACAGCAGAUUAGAUGGGGGCAGGAAUGUUAUGGAAGGAUUCAACAUCUCUAGCCAAGUGGAAUUAUGCAAUAAGUCCAGUGACUGCCCAGAGAACCAGUAUUGUCACUCUACAUCCCUGUCUGCUGAAUGCCGGCAAUGUAAAGAAAAUGAAAGGGACUGUCGGCAAGAUGAAGAGUGUUGCUCAGGGCAGGCGUGCUCCGGGGGCAGAUGUACAAAAGGCCUGGUCUCUGGCACUGGCAGAACAAGAUGUGAUGCUUCAGAAGAAAAAUGCCCCUCUGGGUUCUGUUGCUCCAAAACACCAACAUAUCCAUUUCCAGUGUGUAUUCCACUCCCAUCUGAAGGAGAACAGUGCCACAGUCAGACGAGAAGCUUGCUAAAUGUGGUCACCUAUGGUGAAGAUUAUGGCACUACUCUGAAUUAUUGUCCUUGUUCAGAGGGACUAGUGUGCUCCAGUAGAGGAAACCUUAUUUCUACUUGUGAGAAGCCCGAAGACAUAAUGGAUUUUACAAACUACAGGGAUGAUUCUCUAUUCCAACCAGUGGUCCGCCGAGAAGCAGAGUUAACUUACUAUGAUUCAGAUUUUGUUCCAUGGCCUGGUCAAGAUGACCAGUUAGCAUUUGUUGGCUUUCCCAGGGCAGCUGGGGAGGUGGAAGAAAAAACUGAACAACUCAAUGUGGGCAUGAAUGAUAAUUUAGAGGAAGGAAAUCUACAACUUUAUGACCAUGGUGAGAAGCUAGAUGACCCAAGUCCGGUUGAUUUCCAAGAACUCAAACGUCUUGCUAAUGAAAUGGGCCAAUAUUUUGGUGCAAGUUUUUAUUAAAGUAACAUAUUUUGCUUUAAUAGUUA